AUGCAUGCUCUCAAGGACAAGGUCUCCCAGAAGCUUUCAAACCUUUUCGCCGAUUCACCUUCCCAAUCUGCUUCUCCUCGCUUUUCCCUCUCCGAUUCUCCAAAGGCCAGGCUAAAGUCAAGCUCAGGGAAAACGUUCUCUUCGUACUUCUCGUUCGGUGUUCUUCAAUCUGGGAAUGAGAAAGAGGAUGAUUCUGAGUCAUUACCUCCUCCUCUCCCCAUUAGAACAGACAGCUACGAGUCUGUUGAGAAUUGCAAACAUGGGAAUGGGACAAUGAUCUCCAAUGCCGAAGAAGACAAGGAAUCGGGUAAAGACGGUGGCGCGUUGCGUGUCUCUGCGAAAGUGGUAGAGAGCGGUAACGAUUACUUUGAAGGUGUGAAGCAGAUGGCAGAGUUAACAGAAGAGUCUGCUUUCAUCUCUGCUAACUUGUGUGAGUUCUUGCACGCUUGUCUUCCGAACAUCGUUAGAGGAUGCAAAUGGAUCUUGUUAUAUAGUACGUUGAAACAUGGCAUAUCACUUCGUACGCUUCUGCGUAGAAGCGCAGAGCUUCCUGGUCCUUGUUUAUUGGUUGCUGGAGACAAACAAGGUGCGGUUUUUGGCGCUUUGCUUGAAUGUCCAUUGACACCUACUCCUAAGAGGAAAUAUCAGGGUACAAGCCAGACAUUCUUGUUCACUACUAUUUAUGGUCAACCACGCAUAUUUAGACCCACCGGUGCCAACCGAUAUUACUUGAUGUGUACGAAUGAGUUUUUAGCGUUUGGAGGUGGAGGAAACUUUGCUCUAUGUUUAGACGAAGAUUUGUUGAAGGCAACAAGUGGACCUUCGGAAACAUUUGGAAACGAAUGCUUAGCUAGCAGCUCAGAGUUCGAGUUAAAGAACGUCGAGCUAUGGGGAUUUGCUCAUGCGUCUCAGUACUUCUCCUCCUGA